AUUUUUUUUUCACCGGCCAAAACAUACCCGCCCACCCUGCAAUCACGGAAGGGAGCCCAGGCGGCCGUUGGCACCGCUGCUGACCCGUGCGAGGAGGAGGACGAUGAUUCCCGGUUUGUCGAGCGAGGACCGAGGAGUGCGGCAAUCACGGAUCCUCUCUUCCCACCCUUCCUUCUCUUCUCUGCGCCCGCCUCCUCUGCCGACGAAAUCCCGCACGGCCACACCUUCCAUCCCCCAGCGCCCCAAGGUGAUUCCCCAUCACGCGGCCUCUCGGCGGCGGCGGACCCUCCCUCGCAGGGAGCGCCGUUAGCGGCCCGUCCGCCCCUCCCUCGUGUGCCACGCAGGGAGCACCGCCGCCGAUCCGUGCGCCCCUCACUCACGUGCCGGGAGGUGCGGCUGCUCCUGCUCCGGACGGCUGCCGCGAGGUGCCCCUGUUUGCCGUCGCACCGACCCCACGCCGGCCCCAGAGCUUCAAACCAUUGCAGCGCAGGCGCUCGGUCUCUUGCCCCUGUGAGUAGCAUAACGAGGCACAAAAUCAGUUCGCCGUUUGCUUUAUUUUGAAGAUGCUUUCUGGUUCACAUUAUGGAUUAUGGACAAACUGUAAAUGGAGGGCAGAAGUUAUUCAUGUAUCAUGACACAGUCAUUAUUGGUACAUAUUGAAUUAUUGAACUGUGUACCUGAGGGAUGUGGAAGGGAAUAACUUGUUUGUUUAUGAGUUUCUUUUGGAUAUCAUUAACUAUCAAAUUCGAUUCCUAUCCCUACUUAAUAAGUGACUUGUUUCAGUUACCUGAUGAACCAACGAGGCAGCAAAAAUGAGAUGCGAUGGAGCUGGUAAGGACGAGAGCCAAUCCUACUAAUUUGAUUUAAAGUUGGAGUACUCAGGAAACCUCUGCCAUUCUUUUGGAAGAGAGGUGUGAUAUAACAAGUAAUUUACUCUCACGAUCGAGCAACAGAUGGGAGUUUUUGAGUUACAGCCUGAAAAAUCUAGAGGAUAAGUUUCAUGAUGAUUUGUGUACAUUUACAAAAUCCUCCAGGCUCUAAUCCUUCUUCAUUCCUAGCUUAGGCUUGCUUUCAUAAGCUAACUAGACUAUCACUAAAUUUCCAUCAGGAACAGUAAAUCGAAAACAGUCUUUUUAUUGAGGGGGCAAAGAUGACCUUGCAAAGAAUUUCUAAAUGCAAAAUGUUCUUCUUGCAAGAUUUUCUUCUAAAUCUGUAAGCCAUGUUAACCACCUCCACUUUUGAUACCAAAAUGUACUUAGAAUUUAUUUAAAAUAUAAAUUACCUAAUACUCCACGCUCAUAUUUAUGUUGAUUAAUCGGUUUCCCGAUGUUGAACUACUGAAUGCUAUUACCAAUAAUUCUCCUCAUGUCAUCAAAUUUUUGACAGUGACACUCUGCAAUACAGUAAUUCUAUAAAUAGGUUAGAUCUUCAUCCAUCUGACAGUUUCACCCCACGUCUUGUGUUCAUUCUUAUCAUCAUUUAUUCUUGUGCUUUGUGCUACUUCUUCCAGUCCUAGCGGAUCAGUUUUGUAUAAAGCCCAGUCCUAGGAUGAGGAUGCUCUUGUUAAUGCGGCAGCAAAUUUACAUAUGGUUCUUGUCAGCAAUAACGGAAAUAAUGCAGAUACUUUGUGAUAGGCUUGGAAUAGAAACAACUGCAGAAAUCACUGUAAUUGAAGUCUUACAACCAAACGCGGACGCAACCAAGUGAACAGCUUGACUGGUGCCUCCAUCCUUGAAAAAUCUGCUCCUGCUGCAUCGAAGGGUAGUGACCAUCCUUCACCUUCAGAUGUUUUCUGGCCGAUCCAUUUAAAAGCGACCCUCCAAUACUGAUAACAGGUGUGUUUCAAGUUGCUUAUGACAUGUUUGAUCAAUUGGCGGGCUACAUUCAUGAAGCCUAAAUCUGUUGCCUGGGUGCAUGGUGCCUUCUGGACAGAUGGACGGUCUAUAAUCACUUCGGAAGCAAAGAUCUUGAAUUUUUCAGUUCAGAAACGGCGUCCAACAGUGCUUCUUGAAACCGGCUUCAGAAACGGCGCGCGAGUCCGCCCACCUUUUUUUUUUCCAGGCACAUGGUUUUCAGGUUUCCACACGUUAUUGGCGUAGGCCGUUUUCUAUCGGGAACGAGGGUUGUUCGGUCAGGGGACAAGCGUUUGGAAGCCGCCUCGUUUGACCGUAAGAAUCGCCAUCUUGGACUCGAGUCUUAUUUUUCCAAUAGGCGAGCAUCUCUAACACAUUACAUCUUUCAUAUCAUAUAUAUUUUCUUUCUCUAUACUAAUAAAUAUUUAUGUUUUUUUUAUAGCCAAUGAUGUAGCAGAUUACUCAAAGGAUACAGUAGAAGAAAGAAUUUCUCUACAUUUUGUGUUUUGGUAAUUACCAAAAUACAUUAAAAAUACCAGGGAGAUGAAUGUGCAAUCUGUUGCAGAUGCUCUAAAGUUUGGGUCAUUUUCACAAUACGUUUUUCCCCAUCUUUGGAACAUUGAGAAACCAAAAAAAAUUUCCUUAGAGACGAAGCUAUGUGAUUAGUCGAGGCAGGAAACUCAUGAGAAUAAAGCGAUUAAAGAAAAGUUCAAGCCGGUCAAGGAUUAUCUUCUUGUCACUACUCUCUACGCAGAGACGGAUCUAGCGUGGGGGCUGGAGGCUCUAACCUAGUGACGGAGCUACAGCUUCCCAAUGGGGUCAGCCGACACCAACGAGUUUUGGAAAAAGCAAUGGAAAUCAGUUGUUUUUUUAGAUUACACAGUACAACACAUGCAUACUCACACCCUAUGAAUACACAUACACAAAUUCUACUCCUAUGAGCAUCUUGGAAGACUGAGUCGGCAAAUCCUCGAGAUUGACGAAGUCACCACAGGCGCCUCGCUGUUGACGGAAACGUCGCCUACUACUGAAUGCACAAUGAUAUUAAAUUCCAAAAUAUUCAAGUACUACCGAGGCUCUUAUAACUACUAGGCUACAGGUCCUUUCGUCAAUUUACAGUUGUUAAUAAUGAUUGAUGAUCCCAUCAUUUGAUAGACAGGACUCCGGUGACCUUUUGUCUGGCUCCGCCCGUGCUCUAAUCCCCCUACCGUCUAGAAACUCCAUUGGAGCCUAAGACGGAGGAGAAGAAAGAAAGUAGAAGAAGAAAGAGAGGAAAAAGACGUGAUUGCAGAGGAUAAAGAAGAGAAAACCGCCACUGCCUCUACGCAGCAAUGCUUCAGCAUAUUAUACUAUAAAUACUGAACUCUCGUCCCUAACGGUCUCACAACGGCAAGUGAAGGAAACCACGAACAAUGAAGAUUUACACCUUAUCCUGCUUGCUCAUCAGCACGCUUGCACUGGUACUGGCGGCACGGCCUGACGCAGGCAGCCUCGAUGCGGCCACAAUAGCCGUGCAAGAGCUCGACCGUGUUCGGUCACUGCCAGGGCAACCGAGGUACUCACCAGCAUUCAAGCAGUACUCCGGGUACGUCACUACCGAUGAGUACUUAGGCAAGGCACUGUUCUACUGGUUCUUCGAGGCCACGGACAAGCCUGACGAGAAGCCACUGGUCCUGUGGCUCAGUGGAGGGCCUGGCUGUUCUUCCGUUGGGUUUGGACAGUCGCAGGAACUUGGGCCAUUCCUGGUGAAGAAAGAUGUGCCUGAGCUUGAGCUAAACCCGUAUGCUUGGAAUCAAGCUGCAAAUUUGCUGUUCCUGGACUCCCCAGCGGGCGUUGGAUUUUCGUACACGAACACGCCCUUCGAAAAAGAUCCACCGGGAGACAAUUCCACAGCACACGGAUCAUACACUUUCCUCCUCAGGUGGUUCCAGAAGUUCCCCCAGCACAAAGCGAAGGAGUUCUACAUAGCCGGAGACAGCUACGCAGGACACUAUGUUCCCCAGCUCGCAAACGUCAUCCUGGAGGAGAACAAGAAGAUCUCCAAGGAAAAUUACAUCAACUUCAAAGGCAUCCUGAUCGGGAACGCGUACAUGGACGGGGACACUGAUAAUUGGGGGCUCGUUGACUCCGCGUGGCACCACGCCAUCAUCUCGGACAACCUCUACAGCGACUUCAAGAAGAACUGCGACUUCAGCUUGGUCGAGCUGUCCCCGGAGUGCGGCGCGGCCAUUGGCCAGUUGAACGCCCUCUACAAGAUCAUCGACAUCUACAGCUUGUACACUGAUCGGUGCGAGCUCGGGAACCCGGCUUUCAACACGUCGUCCUCGGCGCAGAACGGGCGGACCAGUAGUGGCCGUCUCGAUCUUAUGAAGAUGCGGAUGGGGUACGAUCCGUGCAAGCAAACGUACGCGACCGAGUAUUUCAACCGCAAGGAUGUGCAGAAGGCCCUUCACGCAGAUAUCACAGGCGAGCCGCAUCCGUUUUCGCUUUGCAGUGAAUCCUUUUCUUUCAGCAAUUCGAUCAGCAACGCAUGGAAAGACUCCGACCAAACAGUCGUUCCACUAGUAAAGAAGCUGGUGGAGGCAGGGCUCCGGAUAUGGAUUUUCAGCGGCGACACGGACGCAAGAAUCCCUACGACGUCAACCCGUUACACGCUGAAGAAGCUCGGCCUGCCCGUCAAAGAGGACUGGUCGCCGUGGUUCCAUCGCAAGCAGGUUGGCGGCUGGACCGUGGUGUACGACGGCCUGACAUUUGUCACCGUGAGAGGGGGCGCCCACCUGGUCCCGUCCACGCGGCCUGCGCAAGCGCUCGAGCUCUUCAGGCACUUCCUGGCCAACACCAACCUUCCCUCCAAGCCGUUCUAGAAAAUGUUACUAGUUGUUUUCCUCAAGGAACACGUAUGCUUAAUUAAACAAACAACGAGUUUUUUUCCUGGUAAACAAACAACGAGUUGACGGUCAAAAGCAAAGAUUGAGAACCGGUCUAUCUGACCGGUCAUGCCGGUGUAAUUCGUGUAGGUUUAGAGUUUGUAAUUUGGGAUUUUUGUAACCAGACUCGUGAAGGAUACGAUUUUCUCGGUCUAUAUAUAUAUAUAUGAAGGCUAAAACCGAUUAAG